AUGGUGAUGAAGGAAUAUGAAGGGGUCAUGAAGAUAGCGAAUUCACCUGUGGAGGAAAAAGGGCCGAAUAAUCAAACUGUUAGUGAGAUGAACACGGAAUCAGUUGAGGUCCCGCUGAGAACGGAGCCCAUGCAGGUUGAUAUCCCGAGGCAUGAUACCGGUCCGACACAGAAUGCAAUUAAUGAUAUGAUGAAGAUGAUGACGGAACAGAUGGCGGCGAUGAAGGGGAUGAUGACAAACAUGAUGAAGGAUAUGGGUACAAUGAAGACUAGAAUAUGCAAGAUAGAAGAGGGUGAUAUAAGAAUGGUACAGAAAGAAGGGGGUGAUAGAGCAUUGAGACCCACACCCAGGGCGAUGGGCCCCAAGAACAAGGUAGACAAAAGGAAGAAAGAUGAGGAGGAUGUGGAUGAUUUGGUGGUACAGGAAGGGCAUAAGAAGAGAAUAACGGGGAGCGAAAGGGGAGAAACAUCGACACAGCUGACUAGUUCGAUGUUCACACAAGAGGAGUUUAAUAAACAGAUAGAGAAGGAUUUUGAUCGACAUAUUGACAUAAUGGAGAGAUACACGUCCAGUUUGUAUGAUGCUGAUGGCAGGGGUGCCGGUGUGGAACUUACGCAGAUGGAACGAGCCUAUGCGGAGUCACGGUCCCCGAUCCACUACCAUUAG